AUGCGCAAAAAUAUCGGGAGAGAUUCCAAUCCUGAUUCUUUCCGUGACUCAAUUCGCAGUGCUUCAAGCAGAUUGACAUCAGCUUUCAGGGCCUUCACUGCGCAGGCUGUGGACUCCAAGCAUUGUGAAGCCCAGAUUUUCAAGCCACCGCGUAAGGAUCCAUCAAAAGAGGAGGAGGAAGACGAUGACGCUUGCAGCUACAUCUCUGAGGGCGAACCCCGUGAGCGAAGUGAGCUGGUCUCCUGGGGCAAGAGCCAUCGAGGCAGUUGGUGGCGGGUCCGCAGCAACUUGCGAGAGGAACUCAUUGUGCGCGCUGGCGUAAGCCUCUCCAGUGUCGAGAUUGGCAGGUCAGUUGCCGGUGACGUUUUCCAGCAAAAGGGAAAGCCACGAAUGCUGCUUGAAAAGCGAGGCGAAGGGUGCAUCCGUAUGCCAAUCCAGCCCACGGGCUGGAUCACAGCAGAUGCAUCCCGUGCUGGUGGACCUCAGUAUCUGAUUCGCAUUCAUUCCCCACAGUGGAAGGCUGUGUAUGACGCUGGUGGACAGGACAUCCUGGUCCGUGCGAGUGUGGAGCUGGACAGCGAAGUUGUCGCAACCCUCUCGUGCGGAGACAUUGUCGAGCAGGAUGGACCAGUCACAACCGUGCACUGGGGCAUUGUGAGGAUGCCCAUUGUGGUCAAGUCUGGCCGGCAAAACGGCGAUUCGCAGAGGAUCGUCGGUUGGGUCACCACAGAUGCAUCAGCUGCAUCUGGUCCAGUCUUCUUCAAGCUGAUGCCAGAGGUCGAGAACCAGAAGCGCGGGCGCCGGUGA